GAUCGUCGAUGUGACGUUACGAACCGCAAAGCUGCUUUGUUGAUCUCAUGCUCUGUCAAUGUAUGCCUUGAAUUGAUUUUCGACCGUACUUUUCAUUCGAUUAUUAUGCGAUCGUAUACUCCGUGAAUUCUCAUCAUCUGUGCCCUACGCAUCGUUUUCUGUGCUGUUAUUUAAAAAAACAAAAAAAAUGCUCCGGUCCAUACUUGUCAUGGCUUUAGUGUUGACGAUCGUGGUCGCGAAAAAAUCGCCACCCAACGAAAAGCCGGCUUGGGCCCAAAAAGACAUUAGAUAUUAUUCCGAAGCCGACAUGGAGCGAUUGCUUGACCAGUGGGAGGAAGACGAGGAUCCUUUAGAACCUGAUGAACUGCCCGAACAUUUGAGACCUCCUGUCAAAAUUGAUCCAAAUUUAGUCGGAAAUGAUCCUGAUGCUUUAUUAAAACUAUCCAAAAAAGGCAAAACUUUAAUGACCUUUGUUAAAGUAUCACCAAAGUAUAACAAAGAUGAUGUUGAAAAAAUAACUAAAAUUUGGCAAUCAAGUUUAUGGAACAAUCAUAUACAAGCAGAAAGAUUUAUGGUUGAUGAUAAUCGAGCAAUAUUCAUGUAUAAAGAUGGGUCUCAAGCUUGGGAUGCAAAAGAUUUCCUAAUACAACAAGAAGACUGUGUUGAUGUAACAAUUGAAAGUCAAGUAUUUAAAGGUCCAGCUUCUCCAUUUGUUCAAGGAGACGUUGAAAAGGUGGAAUUAUAAUUGUGGUUUUCUCUUAAUUAAGUUAAUUUAUUUUUAUAUACUGUUUGUAAUAAAUUUAAAAAAUGAAAAGUUUUGUGUUUAUA